AUGGCCAGCUUCUCGCGGGGCAUCACCCUGCUCCCUCUGUCUCUACCUCUCCGAGCUCUCCCACGCGCGGCGCACCCCGUCGGACCAUCCCGAUUCUUCACAACCUCCCUCCUACGUCUGCGAACACCACAAUCCUCUCCAUCCGUCAAAGCAGCCAAAAACGCAAUAUCAAAACCUCCCCCUCCAAAAGCUGCCCCUGCGACCGCCGCCCCCUCCCGAUACGCCUUCAUCAAAAGCCUCUCCGCGAAACAAACCCCAACCGUGCUCUACGAAGCCCCCUCCCACUUCUGGUUCUACUUUGGCUGCUGGUCCAGCGGUAUAGCCAUCCUCACCUGGACGGUACUCACUGGCCCGACUGUAAUAAAACAACCCGAUGGCACGCCGCAAUGGGUAGGCGCCGUGUUUGGCGCGUCGUACGUCCUCCUCGGCGCAAUGGGCUUCUACCUACUCUCCAAGACACCCAACAUUGUCAGCACGAUACGCGUCCUGCCGCCCGUUGCGGGUGCGCAACCGCAGCUCGAAGUCACGGUGAAGCGCAUGCUGCCGGUCCUCAAGCCAAAGACCGUCACCGCAACGCUGGACAACGUGGCACUCAAGUCGAGAUUCUCGCUGCCGGAAGAAUUCGUCCCCGAGCUGAAGCGGCUGGAGCAAAGGAUGAAGGAGGAGAAGCAGAGAGAGGCGCUGCGGAAGUUUGACAUGGAGCAUCUUUUGACUAUGCCGUUUCGGAGGUUGGGCAGAGCGUUUGCGAAUAUGUUUCGCGGCGUGAGGAGUGCGUGGACGGAUAUGGGGUUUGGGGUUCUACGGGUGGAUGGGAAGGAGUACAAGGUUGAUGUGACGAAGGGGUUUGCGCAUGAUGGCUUUAGGACAUUGGAGCAGAUUGUGAGUGUGGGAUAUACGAAGUAA